AUCACGGUGUUGCGUUUAUAUCGAUUUAAUGUUUCGAAAAGCUUGUGGUGUGAAGUUAGCAAGUUAGCGGCACAUGCGUGUUUGAUGCGAAAAAAUGGCGGAUGAACAGUUGCCUGCCGGAUGGGAAAAACGGCUCAGCCGUUCGACUGGUCAACAUUAUUAUUUAAACAUUUACACGAAGGAAUCACAAUGGGACAUGCCCGAUAAGCCGGCGGAGCCAGUUUCAUCGUCAGGACCUGAACAAGUUCAAUGUUCGCAUUUAUUGGUUAAGCACAAGGAUUCCCGACGACCGUCUUCCUGGAAGGAAGAAAACAUUACACGGUCGAAAGAUGAUGCCUUAGAAUUGGUCAAAUCAUACCGUGAACAAAUCGUCUCAGGAAAGAGUUCGUUCGCAGAACUGGCAUCGAAAAAUUCGGAUUGUUCCUCGGCUAAACGUGGUGGCGAUUUGGGACCGUUUGGAAGAGGAGCAAUGCAAAAACCGUUUGAGGAAGCGGCCUUUGCAUUAAAAGUCGGCGAGCUGUCCGAGCCCGUUUUUACCGAUUCUGGUGUUCAUAUUAUACUACGUACUGUUUAGAUUAAUUAAAUUUUUGCUCCAUUAACUUUAGGAAUAUGCUUUUUGUUGUCUUUAGAUUGAACGAGAUUAAUUUAUUUUUUAUUGGGAUUAAAUAUUUUUCAUUUUCUUGUUGAUAUUUAUUACGUGCACAAUAAAUUAUCUCUCACUUGAA